AUGAAGGAAGAUGACAAUAAGAAGGAGAACUGUGUGGAACAGAAAGCUGAGAGUACCGUUGAUGCCGGCGAAAUCCAUGGACGUGCCAUUCAGCAGCAGGAGCGCAAUCGUGGUUACUGGAUGACACUGAAAAGUGAUCCAUGGCUGCUAUUCUGGAUUGGGGUCAUGCUUUGGACACUCAUUGUUCGAGGGUUCGAAAACCAGUCAGCCGGCUCGGUGAUCAGUAUUACGGAGUUCAAACGUCGAUUUGGAGAGAAAGAUUCUGAUGGGAGUUAUUUCAUCGCAACAAAGUGGCAGUCGGCUCUCAGUGGCGGAGGGAAUGCAGCAACCAUCUUAGGCGCUUUUGCUUCGUCCUAUCUGGCAGAUAUCCUUGGUACUAAGCCGGUCCUGCUUGGCGCCUGUUGCCUGAAUAUUGCAUCCGUCGGGGUCGAAUUUGCAACUACCUCUAUUGGCAUAUUUUUCGGAGGAAAGAUGUUGAACUUUGUUGCCAUUGGCGUCUUAUGUGCCUGA